AUGAAAUGGAUGAUCGACGCAUCAUUUGCUGUGCAUCCAGAUUUCAAGAGCCAUACUGGCGGCACUCUGUCCUUUGGAGGAGGUGCAGCUCAAGUGAUGUUGAAGAAGCAAAAGCAAAACAGCAGAAGCAGUACGGAAGCGGAACUGAUUGCUGUUGACGAUGUUGUCAUGAUGAUACUAUGGACAAAGUUGUUCAUGGAGUGGCAAGGGUAUCCGAUCGAGAAAAAUAUCUUGUAUCAGGAUAACAAAAGUGCAAUUCUACUGGAAGAGAAUGGUCGCAAGAGCGCGGGCAAAAGAAGCCGAGCUAUCGAUAUUUGUUAUUUCUUUAUCACAGAUCAAGUUAAGAAAGGAAAUGUUAAGAUCAAAUAG